UCCCUCCCCGCCAGCAUUGCCUGACCUCCUUCCGCUCUCCAGCAGCCUCUCCGUGCUGUUCCUGACCUUACCUUCCUGCGGUUCACGAAUCUGAUCUACUGUGGACCCCUCCCCUUCCGCGUCUGCCCACACCAUCCUCUUACCAUGCGCCCCCUGUGUCCCUGCUGGUCCUGCUGCUGUGUGCUCCUGGCUUUCUCCCUGGGCGUCCGAGGGGCGCCAGAGGCUCCUAAGGCCGCCCCUGAGCAAGUCCACCUGUCCUACCCGGGCGAGCCAGGCUCCAUGACUGUAACCUGGACCACAUGGGUCCCCACCCACUCUGAAGUGCAGUUCGGAACGCAGUUGACGGGGCCCCUGCCCCUCCGGGCCCAGGGCACCUUCAGCCGCUUCAUGGAUGGGGGCAUUCUCCAGCGGAAGUUCUACAUACACCGAGUCACGCUGCGGGGGCUGCUGCCGGGGGUCCAAUACGUUUACCGCUGCGGCAGUUCUCAGGGCUGGAGCCGUCGGUUCCGUUUCAGGGCCCUGAAGAAUGGUGCCCACUGGAGUCCCCGCCUGGCCGUGUUUGGGGACCUGGGGGCUGACAACCCGAAGGCCUUGCCCCGGCUGCGCAGGGACACCCAGCAGGGCAUGUACGACGCUGUUCUCCAUGUGGGAGACUUUGCCUACAACAUGGAUCAGGACAAUGCGCGUGUCGGCGACAAGUUCAUGCGGCUCAUCGAACCUGUGGCCGCCAGCCUGCCGUACAUGACAUGCCCUGGGAAUCAUGAAGAGCGCUACAACUUCUCUCACUACAAGGCUCGCUUCAGCAUGCCAGGCAACAACCAAGGCCUGUGGUACAGCUGGGAUCUGGGCCCCGCGCACAUCAUCUCCUUCUCCACCGAGGUGUAUUUCUUCCUCAAUUAUGGCCGCCACCUGGUAGAGAGACAGUUCCACUGGCUGGAGAGUGACCUGCAGAAAGCCAAUAAGAACCGGGCAGCCCGGCCGUGGAUCAUCACCAUGGGCCACCGGCCCAUGUACUGUUCCAAUGCUGAUUUAGAUGACUGUACCUGGCAUGAGAGCAAGGUUCGCAAAGGCCUCCUCGGCAAGUUGUAUGGGUUGGAAGACCUUUUCUACAAAUACGGGGUCGACCUGCAGCUGUGGGCUCACGAGCACUCGUACGAACGGCUGUGGCCCAUUUACAACUACCAGGUAUUUAAUGGCAGCCGAGAGAUGCCGUACACCAACCCUCGAGGCCCCGUCCACAUCAUCACCGGAUCUGCUGGCUGUGAGGAGCGGCUGACCCCCUUCUCCCUCUUCCCGCGGCCCUGGAGCGCCUUGCGCGUGCGAGAGUACGGGUACACACGGCUGCACAUCCUCAACGGGACCCACGUCCACAUCCAGCAAGUGUCAGAUGACCAGGAUGGGAAGAUUGUGGAUGACGUCUGGGUGGUGAGACCCCUGCUUGGCCGGAUGCUGUACCUCUAGCCACAAGGGCAGCUCUUGUCAGGAGCCCCGGGGCCUCGCUGCCUUGGCUAGUGUGACCAGACGCGGCCCAGGCCCAGGCGGAGAGUCAGGGCUGGCCGUGACUCCCAGCCCUUCUGAGGCCCCCCGUGCGGUGGCCGCAGGCCUGAGGGAGCCGGCGCUGCUCUCCCCUCCUGGAGAGGUGGGGUGCCCUCCAGCUGCGAGGGGAGGACAGGUGUACAGGGACAGAGUGCAGCGGGGCGGGGGCUGGGCGGCCCCCCUCUCCUGCAUAGCACUGACGGG